GGUAGCUAUAUUGCUCGGCAUAGAUCAAAUAUGGAUAGACAUCUCUAGACACGUUUAGUGCACUGUAAGAGCUUCAACUAGAAUGCUGAAAGGGAUCACAUUAUUGUGCGUCUUGCUGCUGCUUUGCGGGUAUAUCAAGCGUAAUUAUGCCGCGACUAAAGUGUUUUACGAAUUUCACAUACGUGAACCGAACACUGAAAGCAACGAGACAGCUGUGCUCAACAAUUCAAACAACAACAAAACGGGGGCAAGGCCCGAGCUGGUUAUAACAGGCAAACGCACUUCGAGUAACAUUUUAGAGGGCAAGGAUGAAAAUUCAACCAACAGCAUCUAUAAGGAGACAGCCUUCUACACGGCCGAUGACAACGGCUAUCAUGUCACAUACAACAUAAGCAUCGAGCCAGUUGAGCUGGACACAGAGAUCAUGGGCAAAACUCUAAAAGUGAUCGUAGGCUAACGGCAAUUAACAGUAUUAUAUCAUUGUCAAUAAAUGGGAAUAGGCAACAGCACACGAGUACAUCUAUUAACUGUAGAGUACAAUCAAUUA